AUGGCGGUGGCGGCGGCCUCCUUCCUGGUUACCAUCCCCUUGGGUGGCUGGGGCAUUUGGGCUGGUUGCGCAGUGAGAUGCGCGGCAGCAGGCACGGCCUUGGGCGUGGGCGUCAUGGCCUCCACCGUGACUCCGGCCACGAACGAAGGAGACACCCUGGGUGGUCACAGCUGCCUGGGUGCGGGACGCUUUGGAGCCAUCGGAGCGCAGGAGGCCAACAAGCGGGUGAUCUUCAACCGCACAGCAGCAACGAUUCGUGAGGGAAAAGCCUAUGAAGAUACCCUGCUGGACGCAGAUGAUGCGCCGGUGUACAUUGGCGACUACAUGGGGGAUGUCCCCCAUGGCCAAGGUGACGACCGCGAGAUUGACAAAAUUUUUGAUGUGUUUUCUGAUGGAAAAAGACACGAAGCAUGUUGUCAUGUUGCAAGUCAACAACCAAAUCACAUGGUUAUAUUGUCAUUGGGAAUAGGUGUUGACUUAAAUAUAUUUAGCAUGAUUUAG